UAGCCAUGUCAUUCAGACUUCUAACAGUAAUCUUAGCCUAUUUUCUAGUUCACACCCCUGCUGCUGGUGCAGCAGCUUUUGACGAUGUUGGGUUCAUCUAUCAAGGAUUUCACUCAUCAAAUCUUAGCCUGGAUGGAGUAGCCAAAAUCACCAGCAAUGGCCUUCUAUGGAUAACCAACACCACCAACUUACAGACGGGACAUGCCUUCUAUCCUAAUCCCAUCAAAUUCAAGAGCACAUCUAAUAGUUCAGCUUUCUCCUUUUCCACCCAAUUUGUGUUUGCUAUGGUAACUGGGCUCCCAGGCAUUCCAGGUGAGGGAAUAGCUUUUGUGAUUGCGCCAACAAGAGGCCUUGCAGAAGGGGCUUCCACACGUUUCCUCGGCCUCUUCGACGCAAGUACAGAUGGCAAUAGAACAAAUCACCUUUUUGCCGUGGAGCUUGACACUAUCCAAAACCCAGAUUUUGACGAUAUCAAUGACAACCAUGUUGGUAUUGACAUUAACUCUAUGAGGUCCAAGGUAUCCCAGCCAGCAAGUUACCGGGCUAAUAACAAGAAUUCAUUUGAUAACUUAACUCUUGCCAGCGGUCAACCGAUGCAACUUUGGGUGGAAUACGAUGGGAUGGAUAGGAGAAUCGAUGUUACAUUAUCUCCAAUAGCGGCUGCUAAACCACAUACUCCUCUUUUGUCUCUGAGAUAUGAUCUUUCACCAAUUUUACGGCAAACCAUGUAUGUUGGCUUUUCUGCAGCCACUAGUCCAAUCAACAGCGGGAUAGGUAAUUUUGUACUGGGAUGGAGCUUCAAGAUGAAUGGUGAUGCGCAAGCGCUUGAUCUCCCUCGGCUCCCCAAGCUUCCUCGGUUGGGACCUAAGAAAGUUUCUAAAUUUUUCACCGUGGGAUUGCCCCUGCUUUCCAUACUUUUGCUGUCGAUUGUAGCUUUUGGGGUAGCUUAUUAUUUAAGGAGGAAGUGGAAGUUUGCAGAAGUGCUGGAAGAAUGGGAACUUGCCUAUGGGCCUCACAGGUUCAAGUACAAAGAUUUAUACAUUGCCACCAAGGGGUUUACACAAAAACAGCUGUUAGGGGAAGGCGGAUUUGGCCAGGUCUACAAAGGCGUGUUGCCGACAAACAUGGUUGAGGUUGCUGUCAAGAAGGUCUCUCAUCGAGCAAGACAGGGAAUGAGAGCAUUUAUUGCAGAAAUCGUCAGUAUUGGGCGCUUACGCCAUAGAAAUUUAGUGCCACUGUUGGGUUAUUGUCGGCGUAAAGGAGAGUUGCUUUUGGUAUACGAGUUCAUGUCCAAUGGUAGUCUAGACAAGUUUCUGUACAACCAACCAAACUGCGCCCUCAACUGGAGCCAAAGAUUUCGAGUCAUCAAAGGAGUAGCGUUAGGAUUACUGUAUCUACACGAAGAAUGGGAGCAAGUAGUGAUCCACCGAGAUGUAAAAGCCAGUAAUGUAUUGUUAGAUGAUGAACUGAAUGGGAGAUUAGGAGAUUUCGGCCUGGCAAGGCUAUACGAUCACGGAACUCUCCCUCAAAGCACCCAUGUAGCGGGAUCUAUUGGCUACCUUGCCCCUGAGCAUAAUAGGACUGGGAUGGCAACAACGAGCACUGAUGUGUAUGCUUUUGGGGCGUUUUUGCUAGAGGUUGCCUGUGGAAGAAGGCCGAUAGAACCCCGAGCAGAACCAGCAGAUAAUAUCAUUUUGGUUGAUUGGGUAUUUUCUUGCUGGAAAGCAGGUUGUGUACUCCAGGCAGUUGAUCAUAAUUUGGGUAAUGAGUAUGUGAAAGAGGAAGCAGAAUUGGUGUUGAAACUGGGCUUGCUAUGCUCUCAUUCAGAACCAAAGAUUAGGCCAAGUAUGAGACAAGUUCUGUUGUACUUGGAGGGAUCAGUUGCCUUGCCAGAUUUAUCAUCACUAGCCAUGGGCGUUUCUGCUGUUGGCAUUGGCUUCACCCAUCCUGACUUCGAAGAUAUUACAUCGUCAUUUGCAACUUCCAGAGACAGAUGUUACUCACAUUCUGUAGCAGACUCCCUUCUGUCUGGUGGUCGGUAAUUAAGAUGCAUAUCUUUCUAAUUUUGUAGAUUUAGGAAAAAAAAGAAGAAGAAGAAGAAGAAGAAGAAGAAGAGAGCUUCGACUCCUGUGAUUAUUUUGUUGGAGUGCAUUUUCUAACAUAUCUGUUCUAUUUUUAUUAUCUUUAUCCCCACCAGAACCCCCUGUACUCUUUAUUAGUGCGGCAUCCCAAAUAUGCCAUGUUUUAAUAUUUUGUAAGUUUGUUCUUUUACCCUUUUCUGUAUUUUCUAUUCUCUAG